AUGAAACAUAUCAAAUAUAUGCUGGCUCUCGUGGUGGGCGAUGAAGAACGUUCCCUUACCAACGAAGAAAGUGGUAUUAUUAAUGCAGAUGGCAUUUCAGCGAAGGUCGAUGCAAUAAUAUCCAAUAUUAUCCGUUUAACAAAACCAGAAAUCUUCAAAGAUAUAAAUGGUCAAAGCUGUCGACGCAUUGUUUACCAUUAUUUGCGUUCCAUCACAACUGCCAGAAAAAAAGCGGAUUCGAGAUAUGAGACAGUAUGCUCUGGAGUGAUCUGCGCGCUUCUUGAGACAAACGAUGUCUAUUAUCCAGUUUACCGCAUAUUUGAAUAUUAUAGGGAAAAAACGCAGAUUUUAGCACCAGUUCUUAUUUCGAAAGAGUCUGCCAGUUCUUUAUAUACACGGACCUGUACCGAUGUACGUUGGUAA